GGAGCAUGCUGUGUGGAUCGCCGGGCUGGGCCUCUGGAGGCAGCCAAGGGCUGGCUUCUGGCAGCGCUCUCAGGGGCACUGGCUGCCGGGACCGCGCCUCGGGUCAGUGCGGGGAGUUUGGAGCCCGGAAUCCGGAAGCAGUCGGUGAGGGAGCUGUGGGAGUGGGGAGAGUAGGCAGCGGGGAGCUUCGAAAGCCCAGAGCAUCGGAUGCGAGGAGAGAGUCCCGAGCCAGGAGCGCCAGGAGCAGCGAGUAUCGGGAGUGGGCCAUAUCCCCUGGCAGGCAAGUGUAUAGUACAAGCCUAUACGAAAGAAUUUUGGAGCGCCAUAGUACCAGCCAUAAAGCUAGAAAUGAUUCUAAAACCAACAUACUUGAUGACUGUGAGGAUCUUUGCAAAUUGUAACUUCUGUUUGAAAGUUAAGCACUUAGCUCCUUAACAGAAGAAAAAGCUACAAAAUGACAUUAAGGAGAAUGGUGGAAAUUUUUCCUUUUUAUUAAAUCCUCAGCGCACACAUAUAAUCUUAGACAAUGUUGAUGUUCUGAGCCAGUAUCAACUACAGUCUAUCCAAAAGAACCAUAUCCAUAUUAUAAACCCAGAUUUUAUAUGGGACUCAAUCAAAGAAAGGAGGCUCUUGGACAUAAUGAAUUAUGAUCCUAAUAAGGCACUGGACAUCACACCACCUCCUUGUCAAAAGGCAAACAGUUCUGAAGUGACAACAGAUGAUCCGUCCCUGGACAACUCCAUGGAGAAGGAAAACAUUUUGGAAUUCACAGAUUUCAGGUUUUGUAAAGAGAAUGUUGAAAUUCCUCAUUUUCCACAAGACUUUGAAGUUGCAAAAUAUAACACCUUGGAAAAAGUAAGAGAUACAGUAGAGAAGAUUUAUAUAGAGAAAAUAGGAACAAAACAAAGCUUCUCUUUGAGUAUGUCCAUUGAGAUGCCAUAUGGGAUUGAAUCCAUUUCUAGUGAUACACAUAAACUGAGACAAAAGUGCACAGACUGCAAAGCGGUAAUUAGCACCGUGGAAGGUAGCUCCUUAGACAUUGAUGGAUUCUCUCUUCACGUUGGGUUGUCUGAUGCAUAUCUCCCAAGAAUGUGGGGAAAACAUCCAGAAAAAGAAAGUGAGGCCUGCAUGCUUGUUUUUCAACCAGAUCUCAGUAUCACAGUCCCUGACCUAGCUGAAAACAGUGAAGUGAUUAUUUGUCUUGAUUGCUCCAAUUCCAUGGAAGGUGCAACAUUCUUGCAAGCCAAGCAAAUUGCCUUAUAUGCACUGUCCUUGAUGGGUAAGAAGCAAAAGAUAAAUAUUGUCAAGUUUGGCACAGGUUACAAGGAAUUAUUUUCAUAUCCUAAAUCCAUCACAAGCAAUAAUAUGCCAGCAGAGUUCAUUAUGUCUGCUACACCUACCAUGGGAAAUACGGACUUCUGGAAAACACUCCAAUAUUUAAAUCUACUGUACCCUUCUCAAGGCUUUCGGAGCAUUCUCCUUAUAUCGGAUGGGCACCUCCAGAAUGAGAGUCUGACAUUGCAGCUUGUGAAAAGAAAUGUCCAGCACACGAGGCUGUUCUCCUGCGGUAUCGGUUCUACAGCAAAUUGCCAUAUCUUAAGGACUUUGUCCCAGUACGGUGCUGGAGUAUUUGAGUAUUUUAACUCAAAAUCCAAACAUAGUUGGAAAAAACAGAUAGAAGACCAAAUGGCUAGGUUACAUUCUCCAUGUUGUCACUCUGUCUCCAUCAAAUGGCAGCAGCUAAGUACAGAUGCACCUGAGCCUCUCCAGGCUCCAGCCCAGGUGCAGUCCUUGUUCCACAACGAGCGACUCCUUGUCUAUGGAUUUAUUCCUCAUUGUAUACAGGCAACUCUAUGUGCAUUGAUUCAAGAGAAAGAAUUUUCUACAGUAGUAUCAACUAGUGAACUUCAGAAGACAACUGGAACUAUGAUCCACAAGCUGACAGCACGAGCUCUGAUCUGAGAUUAUGAAGACGGCAUUCUCCACGAAAAUGAAACGAACCAUGAGAUGAAGAAGCAAAUCUUAAAAUCUCUGAUUAUUAAACUCAGUAAAGAAAACUGUCUCAUAACGCAGUUUACAAGCUUUGUUGCAGUUGAGAAGAGGGAUGGUAAGGAGUUGCCUUCUCCUAAUAUUCCUAAUAUUUGGGAACUUAUUGCCAAAGAAGAUGUUGAUUUUCUACCAUACAUGAGCUGGCAGGAGGAGCAACCAGAUACCAGUGCGGCACAGCCUCUUUUAGCAUUCUUUGAAUGGAAUGAAGAACUGCAACAACCACAUUUGACUAACAGAAAGUUUAGAUCAUAUCACCUGGAAGAUUCUGAAGAUUCUGAAGAUUUUGAAGAUAGUUCCCAACUAUCAGAAAAACCUUUAACACUCAGUUUUGAAUGUGAAGAUGUGGAAAAGCCAUUGGAUUUAAGUCAGAUGGAUUCAUUUAAACAACCGCUGUGUAGAGAUACUCCUAUCCCAAAACUGGUUAGUUGCAGCAUUUCUGCUGCCCAUGGUUCAGCCCUUUUGGGAGAUGAGCCCUUUGAAGUUGCUUGUUUCCUCCAUCAUCCCCACUUACAUCCUAAGAUAUUUGCUAGGAGUCUCAAAGAGUUUGGUCCAUCUAAGUAUGACCAAGACCUUCAAGCUGACCAUUUGAGUGACAUUACCCCUGCGUCACAUACCCCUUACAGACUGCCUCCCCCACGUCUUCUUAAAUCCUUUGGUUUUUGUGCUCGUGAAGGUGUCUCAUUUAACACCAGUGAUGCUAAUCUACCUGAAACUUACCAAGGCCAUAAGACCAACAAUUCUGCUAACAUUUUCUCUGAGUUGGACUCUCCUCCACAGCCGAAUAUUCAUUUACCUCCUCGUAGACUUAAUUCUGCUGGUCCAUCCAGAGGGUUUGCAGUUCAUUCCCUUUCUUGUUAUCCUCUUUAUUUUCAAAAUUCUGAAGUUCCUUUCAGCACCAGUUACAAGCCACCAGCAGAUCUGUUUGCUAACACUGAACUGGAGGCUUCUUUCUGUACAGCUCUUUCUGCUGGAACUUCAUUAUCUCCUUCAAGUAAUGGAAGUUUUUCUGAAACAGAAAAUAAUGGAACACCAGAAUUUCUGGCAAAUUAUUUUCUUCAAGGAGUGACAAUAUGAAAAAAAAAAGAAAAGAAAAAGAAACAAGAAGUGAUAAUAUCUGAUAUAACAAGAAGUGAUUUUAUUGCAAGCUUCCAAGCACAAAAAGAUGAACAGAGCUGGAUGAAUAUUGUGCCUUGGACUGAGCUCUUCAGUCUACAAACGGAGGAUGGCUUCUGGAAACUUACACCAGAACUGGGAUUUAUAUUAAACCUUAAUACAAUUAUUUUAAACAGCUUUCUUGAACAAAAAGGCAUUCGCUCUCUGGGAAUAAAAGGAAGAGAGCGUCUCCUGGAGCUGAUUGCCACAUUUCUGGUACUAUAAUUUCUUCGCACCAGGUUGGAACAAAAGGGCAUAGUCUUCAAAUCACUAAUGAAAUUGGAUGAUGCUUCCAUUUCCAGAAAUAUUCCCCGGGCUUUUGAAGAAAUAAAGAAAGCAAGUGAAUGGGUAAGAAGAACUGAAGGACAAUAUCCAUCUAUCUGCCAACGGCUUGAAUUGGGUCAAGAUUGGGACUCUGCCACUAAACAGCUACUGGGGAUCCAAACAUAAACACCACACCUCCUCUUCACAGAGUUCUUAAUUACAGUCAAGCUGAAUCAACUGAAGUUGUAUUUUAAACACUUUUCAUGCUUCCACGUAUAAAAUAGUAAGAUAUCAAUAGAUACCCAUAAUGAAGUUUAAUUAUGAUUUCAUUCAA